GUAAUGUUUCUCCAAUAGGUGACUCACUAAUUGCUUCGAUGAUCAUUUCAAAUAGAUCUUCUUUGGUUUUAGGUUUUGAAGGCUCUGAAUUUAUUAAUUCUAAACUUGUUAAUCCCAAAUGAUUCAUGCUAGAGUUCUUUGCAGUAAUUGAGAGAGGAGAAUCGAUGGUGAGCUUGCAGUUUUUGAGAAUGCAUCGUUGGGUCUGGGCUGAACUGGACAGAAUUUUAGAGAAGUCUGUAGAAGUCAAGUUGAGUCUUUGGAGAGAUACCUCUUUGGUAAUUUUUGGUAAAGCUUGCGAAAGCCCUUUUAUAAUCUUUGAUCCGUCAAAGAAUUUACAAUAGAAUUGCUUCAAAUGAAAGAGGGAAAUAUUUUCAACUAUUGAUUUAAAUAAGAAUUUGUCUAGCAUGUUUAAGUGUUUAUCUUUGAGUUCGUCUAUUGAUAUUCCUGUCAAUUCUGGGAUUUCAAUAUCAAUAUUUUUCAAGUUAAUUUUUCUUUUGUCCCAAUUUCCAUCUUCAAAGACUAUAUUUAAUAUCUUUUUCUGAUCAGUCUCAAAAGUUUUCACAGUAUGAUUCUAAUAAAUUUUGCAAAUUUAAUUCUUCUGUGCUCCUUUAAUACUGUAUUUGAUUGCUCAAUCGUACAUCUCAAUUUCUUCACUGUUUUCUUGAGCUUUGAAUUUUGAACUUUCAUUUGGUCCAUCUUGAAUUUGAUUUCUUCAAGAUUAAUUAACAUAGAAGAUUUAAUGGCUUCAUCUUUUGAAGCUCUCUCUUUACAAAUCGAAAUCUCUCUCUUUAACUCUUCGAUAACCUCUUGAAGCUUUCUGAUUUAAUGAAUACUCCCCAUCUCAUCAUCAGUUUCAUCUAUAUUCUCCUGAUUCUCUUGGAUAUCUUGGAUAUGGCUAUCAUCUGAUUCAUUAUCUUGCUUUUCUCAUGCAUUACUUGCUGGUUGGUUGGUAUCAACAGUUACUCCUUUAUAAUUAUAGCUAGUUUUAUUUUCUCCUCUAGUCUUUUGAGAUUCUUCUUGUUCCUUCUGUGAGUUUGAACAUUUUGAUAGUUGCAAAUAGAACAAAAGUUCAAAAAUAUGAUUGAUUCCACUAUGAUAUUGAUAACAUUUUGAGUUCAAGAUAUCUGAUUUAAUCUUAUGAGCUUCAAAUUUAAGUUUAUCAUAUUCCAAGAACUCAUCAUUCUGUAUAGCCGAAUUUGAUUCUUCUCUUAACUUCUGAACAGCAUCAGUAAUAUUUUUCAAAGACUCUUCUAAGCCUUUAAUCUUCCCCAAUAAUCCAUAUUUCUUCGCCUCUCCACAUAAACUCUCUACAAACCUUUCAACCAGUUCAAUAGCUUUAUUCAUCUUCUCAGGUCCAGAAAUCACCUGAAAUCCUCAUUGAAAGUGAAAAGUUUGGCAUCAAUCCUGUCACAGUACCUCUUGAUGAUCCUUACAAAAGUAUUCCCUUACACUUCCUCAAUCAGUUGUUUC